AUGAGAAAUAAAUAUGAUUAUAACAAUGAUUCGUCGAUUGAAGGCUUAAACGAAACUUUAAUACGUAUUGAAAUAAUUCGUUUUAUACAAGAAGUUAAUUAUUGGUUAAUGAUAACUGGAUUUUUUAUGGUUAUAUUUGGAGUCCUUGGAAAUGGCCUUGCACUUAUUGUUAUUAAUCGUCGUUCAUUACGGAGUACAUCAUCAAGUGUAUUUAUAACAUAUUUAGCUAUAUUUGAUACACUAGUUCUUAUUGUUCAUCAAACAGGUUUAAUAACAUCACGUUCAAUAAAUUCCCAUAUUGUACAUUGUUUUAUUACAUUUUUUACGGAUUUCGUUACAUUUUGUAGCGUUUGGAUAAUGGUUAUAAUGACUGUAGAACGUUUUAUAGCUGUUCAUUCACCACUAUUAGCAAAAGGGUUUUGUACAUUGAAACGUGCACGUUAUUCAAUCUAUUUGCUUAUGUUUAUUGCAUUUACUUUAUUUUCUUUAACAUUUCCAUUGCUUUACAAGAUUGAUAACAAACAAAGAAAAUGUAUUUUUCGUUCACAAUAUCAAACAAUAAUACGAAUCAUAAAACCAAUAAUAUUCUUUUUUAUACCGGAUAUUAUCUUAUUAGUUAAUUUAUUUAUUAUUUAUGAAUUAUUUGUCGCACGACGAAAACGAACACAAACACUCAUUAAUCCUGAAAAUGCUAUAAAUCAAAUCAAUAUAGCAUUAUUCAAUAGACAACAACAGCAAUUAACAUUAAUGCUUACUACGGUUUCAUUAAGUUUUUAUAUAUUUACAACUCCAAUAAUUAUAGAUUUUAUCCUUCAAAGAAAGCCACCUGAUCAUCGAGAUAUUAAACGACUUAAAAUGCGUUUUUUACUAAGUAAUUUAACUGUAUUAUGGCUUCAAAUGAGUUCAGCUACCAAUUUUUUAUUUUAUUAUUUGGCUGGUUCGAAAUUUCGUGAAACUUGUUUCCAAACGUUCGAUGAUAUUUAUAUUUGUAUGCAAAGAAAUCUAGAUACAAAUUAUCAAAGGCCACGACAUUCAAGUGGUGCUGUGACAACUUCAAAUUUUUCUAUGGAAAUGCGACAUAUUCAUCCCGAUUAUCGAAAUCUAACUCAAUCUACUUCUAUUCAACAAACAACUACUUAUAUCUCAAAUAAUUCUUCUAAACGAGCAAGUAAUGGCACAGUUUCAAGUGCUCAUUUAAAUAGUAGACAACUAUCAAAAUGCGCGUUGAAUAUACCAGAACUUUAA